CCAAUGUUUGGGAUGAUUGUAUACACCUGUGUCCAUGGAGGGGAUUGGAACACCUGAAUCACAUGAUAUGGAGGGGAUUGGAACACCUGAAUCACGAUGUGGAUUGGAACACCCGAAUCACAUGAUUGGAACACCUGAAUCACAUGAUAUGGAGGGGAUUGGAACACCUGAAUCACAUGAUUUGGAGGGGAUUGGAACACCUGAAUCACAUGAUUUGGAGGGGAUUGGGGCACCUGAAUCACAUGAUUUGGAGGGGAUUGGAACACCUGAAUCACAUGAUUUGGAGGGGAUUGGAACACCUGAAUCACAUGAUUUGGAGGGAUUGGAACACCUGAAUCACAUGAUUGGAACACCUGAAUCACAUGAUAUGGAGGGGAUUGGAACACCUGAAUCACAUGAUAUGGAGGGGAUUGGAACACCUGAAUCACAUGAUUUGGAGGGGAUUGGAACACCUGAAUCACAUGAUUUGGAGGGU